AUGUUGACUCUCGCUCAAUCCUGUUGUCGCUCAAAGUUCGUCACCAUCCCAAGGAUUGCGGUACUGGUGGCUAUUUUCAUAAUCGCCCUCGCCUUCCCAUAUCGCACCGAGAUCAAAACGAGAUGGGAUGGUACUGAGACGCUUUCAAAAUGGCUUCCAAUAGCUAGCGGCUUCGAGAACGAAGAGGUCGACAUAGCGCAUGAAUUGAUAACCAUUCUCGAGGAGUACUCGCCUGCUGCAUCGACACCAAUUGAGGCAGUCAAGGGAGCGACAGUGGACCCGUGGCCGGCUGAUCAUAAUGCCGAGCUGAUGGACAUACUGGAGACCACGUCAGAGCAGAUCUUGAAUAUGAAGAAGAACCACCAAGGUUUCAUCAAGGCAGUAAAACAGAGGCUGCCGAAGUACAGCUCCAGGAAUAACCAUCCCGAGGGCAUUGUUACGGUCGGCGGUGGAUCAUAUUUUCCGCCUUUGAUGGUUUCACUUCGACUUCUGCGUCGAAUAGGGACAGCCCUCCCCGUUGAAGUCUUUCUCCCGGAAGAGGAAUACGAAGCACAAAUUUGUGAAGAAGUUUUGCCGACACUGAACGCAGCCUGCCGCACUUUCCCUGAACUUGGCGGCAAGAUUUCUCACUACCAAUACAAAGUGUUUGCCAUAAUACUGUCCUCAUUCAACAACGUGCUCUGGCUGGAUGCAGACAACUUCUCGCUACACGACUCCGGCGCUCUCUUCACAUCGACCGCGUUCCAAAGUACAGGCAUGAUCACAUGGCCGGACAUUUGGCAGACAUCGAUAUCACCCGCCUACUAUCUGAUUGCGCAAACAAAACAAACGCCUGUGUCCGCUCGCGCAAGUACUGAGUCUGGGCAACUCCUGGUGUCGAAGACCAGGCACUGGAAAACGCUGCUUUUAGCAGCUUACUACAACUACUACGGGCCCGAAUACUACUAUCCGCUAUUAUGCCAAGGCGGGGCGGGCUGCGGGGAUAAAGAGACGUUCCUCCCUGCAGCCGAAGCCGCAGGGCUUCCUUUCUAUGCUGUCGAGGCGCCGCCCCAGCCUGUUGGCCACUACAAGCACAACGAUCAUCGGGAAAGGGGAAUUUUUAGGUUCGCACUUAUACAAGGCGAUCCUUCAGAGGACUAUAAGGUCAGCACCGGCGUCGGCACAUCAAGCUCAAGUGUUUCGACGGUAGACGAGUCCGAAAAGGCUGUCCCAGCUGGCGCAGCAACCAAAAAGGAUAAUGUCAGUCCUUAUGGUGUGCGGCCUUUUUUCUUACAUAUGAUGACACCGAAAUGGGACGCAUACCAUGUUUUUGAUCAUGUUGGUCGAUACGACCUUACUCUAAACUACAAAAAAGAGCAAGCGGCAGCAUACCAAGACCCACCCGAGGCGUCUAGCAGAAUCAAAGGAGUUGAGCGAAUGGUCUGGGAGGAAACGAGAUGGGUGGCUUGUAACAUGGAAGAGAUAAUUGGUUAUUGGGAGGGCAAAAGAGGAGCAAUUUGCCAGAAGCUAGACAAGUACUUCAGAGAUGUGCUCGAUACCGAAAAAGCAGUUGAGCUGGGGCUUGCAUCGGACAUGGUGCCAGCGCCUUAUUUACCAUAG